CGACACUGUCUCCGCCGACAAUCAGGUGUAAAAGCGACAUGGCCGAUAGCGAGUUCGAAGAAUUUCGUCGAGUAUUCGACAGAUUACCCCAGCACAUAAAAGCUCCCACUCCGUUUUACUCGUUAGUGCCAAAUGUGGGUUUGGAUGAUGAAUCACCGUCAUCAAAAAGUGACGGCUCGCCUGAGGAGGACAGAGGAUGUAUGGGCGACAAUGAAACGGCAGCCUCAGCACAAGAAGAAAUUGUCUCUCCACCACCACAACCCGACGUAAUUGAAACACAACGGAGCCCGAGUCAUCAAACAUUCACAAAUGGCCAAAGACGAAGGAGAAAAUUACCCGAAAUACCAAAGGACAAAAGAUCUUCUAUAUUAGCAUGCAGCCAGCCCGCAUCUCUCGCUGAUGAGCUAGGAGCCCUCGCUGGAGUGCUGAUCAGACCAGGAUGCCAGGGCCGACCACUACUAGUGCUCAAGUGCGGGUACCUCCUUGACGAAGACUCGAGCCCUGACUCGGAGAGACUGCAGAGUCUGGGUGAUGUCGACAGUGGACACAGCACAGCACACUCCCCUAUCGACACGGGGCCGAAAAGUAUAUCACCAACGCCGUUACAACAAAAUGUAUCACCAUCAUCAAGUUGCAGUAUCAGCGGCAUUCAUUUUGCGGGUAACAUGACAACAGUUCCACAUAACCAACUAGAAAUGCUCGAAGCUACGCACAGAGGCCUACACAAGUUCAACCCUAGACAUCACGAUGAAAUCGAAGUAGAAAUUGGGGAUCCCAUUUAUGUACAAAAGGAAGCAGAUGAUUUAUGGUGCGAAGGUGUAAAUCUCAGGACAGGCCAACAAGGAAUUUUCCCGUCUGCGUAUGCUGUUGACAUGGACUAUAACGAUUUUGACCCAGCCAAUGCCAAAGUGAAACGAGAGAGAUAUUUAUUAGGAUAUAUGGGGUCAGUAGAAACCUUGGCUCACAAAGGAACAGGUGUGGUAUGUCAAGCGGUGAAGAAGAUCGUCGGCGAGUGCAGUGGAGAACCAGUCGUGCAGCCCUGUAUAUUGGAAGUAUCAGACCAAGGCCUACGUAUGGUCGACCGAUCAAAGCCAGAUAGAAGUCGUAGUGGCCCUUGCAUUGACUACUUCUACUCGCUGAAGAACGUAUCGUUCUGCGCGUUUCACCCCCGUGAUCACCGGUAUCUGGGAUUCAUCACAAAGCAUCCAACGCUGCAACGGUUUGCGUGCCACGUCUUCCGGGGCCAGGAGUCUACUAGGCCUGUCGCCGAAGCCGUGGGGAGAGCUUUCCAGAGGUUUUAUCAGAAGUUUAUAGAGACAGCGUAUCCGAUUGAAGAUAUCUACAUAGAGUAAAAAUCAUAAUUAACAAAACAUUUCACUAGCUUUUUAUACUUAUUUCACUUUAAAGCCACAGAGCUUAAAGGUAACUGAGAAUAUUAUUAUUUUUGAAGCAUACAUACUGAUUCGUUGUCCCGUCUUACAUUAUUUUCUUCUUCUGUCUCUCAAAUACUAAGCUCAGUGGCUAUAAAGUUUAUAUGUAAUUCUUCUGAACUUGUUAUCGAUGCUAUGUCGCCUUUUCAAUAGGUUAUAAAUUACAUUGUAAACUUUUAAUGAUAUUCAAACAAUAUGUACUCAUAAGACAUUGAUUUGUCGUUACGUAUAUUU